ACCCCAGGUCCCCCCAACGGCCUAACCGAAAAGCUAAAGGCUCAUCAAAGAAGGGCAUCUUCUCCCGCAUAAGAAAUAUCGAAAAUGUUGCGCUCUCUCUCUCUCGACCAUCCCAAAGUGAGGACUUAAAUGGCGUUCAAUGCGAUGUCACGUUCGGUCUCUUGCUACUUGCCUAGUUAAUUAUCUUAUCUAGCCGUCUCCCGGUUUACUCUCUCUCUCUCUCUCUCUCGUUCUCCUUUACUGGUUCAGAUCUUCUCUUCUUCGUUCCCCCAAGAUCUCAAACACUCUGGUGCGGCCAUUCUAGAGAUUUUAGCUCUUCUUCUUUGAAUUACGAGUUCACUCAUUCUCCUACUUGUUGCAGCUUUCCAUCUCUUCAGGUUUAAUAUUUCGAAGCUGCCUCUGGUUGAUAGAGGAGUUGGUUUGGAGAUCUGUUCGGUUUUUUUCGUGGUGGAUUUAGAGUUUGCGAAUGGCUUCUGUGCCUAAUUCUCUAGUUUCAUCUUCCGGUACUUCUGCUUCGGAUCUUCUCCGAAGUUCGAGUAAUGGUCUUAGUGGUGUUCCGUUGAGACUCUUUGGGCGGGCAAGGUUGGGUGUGCUCUUUAAGAAGGAGUUCACUGUUACAGCAAAGAUUAAGAAGGGAAAGAAGCAUGAUUACCCGUGGCCUGACAAUCCGGAUCCGAAUGUCAAAGGAGGAGUUCUUAGUCAUCUCUCUCAUUUCAAGCCUUUGGCGGAGAAGCAGAAGUCAGUUACUUUGGAUUUCGAGAAACCGCUUGUGGGUCUGGAGAAGAAGAUAGAAGAUGUGCGAAAGAUGGCACAGGAAACUGGUUUGGAUUUCAAGGAUCAAAUCAUCUCACUGGAGAAUAAGUAUCGUCAGGCUCUAAAGGAUUUAUACACACAUCUGACUCCUAUACAACGUGUGUAUAUUGCUCGACAUCCUAAUAGACCAACAUUUCUUGACCAUAUAUUGAAUAUCACUGACAAGUGGGUGGAACUACAUGGAGAUCGAGCAGGCUAUGAUGAUCCUGCUAUUGUAACCGGUAUUGGAACCAUAGAUGGUAGACCAUACAUGUUCAUAGGUCACCAAAAAGGUAGAAACACAAAGGAGAACAUUCAUCGCAACUUUGGAAUGCCUACUCCACAUGGCUAUAGGAAGGCUUUGCGAAUGAUGCGUUAUGCAGAUCACCAUGGAUUUCCUAUUAUCACAUUCAUUGACACACCAGGAGCUUUUGCAGACCUUAAAUCAGAGGAGCUAGGACAAGGUGAGGCAAUAGCACACAACUUGAGGGCUAUGUUUGGUUUGAAGGUUCCAAUUGUCUCUAUUGUCAUUGGAGAAGGCGGUUCUGGUGGCGCUUUGGCUAUUGGCUGUGCUAAUAAAUUACUAAUGCUUGAAAAUGCAGUCUUCUAUGUUGCAAGCCCAGAAGCAUGUGCAGCAAUCUUGUGGAAGAGUGCCAAAGCUGCUCCACAGGCAGCUGAGAAGCUGAAAAUAACUGCUCCUGAGUUGGUCAAGCUGGAAAUUGCAGAUGGCAUCAUCCCUGAACCACUAGGUGGUGCACAUUCAGAUCCAUCUUGGACAUCUCAACAGAUAAAAGUUGCUAUUGUUGAAACAAUGGACGAGCUCCUGAAGAUGGACACACCAGAGCUAUUAAACCAUCGUAUGCUUAAGUUCCGUCAAAUUGGUGUGUUUCAAGAAGGAAUUCCAGUUGACCCAGAGAAGAAAGUGAACAUGAAGAAGAAAGAUGGACCGAUUACUCAGAAGGAAGAGCAUGGCAAAAGUCCAGACCUCGAAUUGGAAGAUGAGAUUGAAAAUCUGAAACAAGUUCUGAAAGCUGGGGAACCAUCUUUCAAGUUUACGGAGUUGGAAUUGAAUGAGAUGAUAGAGAAACUGAAAAGGGAGGUUGAUCAGGAAUUUACUGUGGCAGUCAAUGCCAUGGGUUUGGGGGACCAGCUUGAGAUGCUGCGGGAGGAGUUUGCAAAAGCAAGAAAUUCACCAGACCAACUCAUUAAUCAGAGUCUGAAGGACAAGAUUGAGAAGCUAAAGCAGGAAUUCAAUCAAGGAUUAUCAGAGGCUCCUAACUAUGCAAGCUUGAAUUACAAACUUGACAUGUUGAAGGAAAUUUGUAAAGCAAAGAAACUCUCAGAGCAGAAUGAUAAAAUAACAACUUUGAAACAGGAAAUCAAUAAGAGAUUCAAAGAGGUCAUGGACCGACCAGACAUAAAGGAGAAACUUGAGGCACUUAAGGCUGAUAUUGCUAACACUGAUUUGUCCACCGAGAGGGAUCUGGAUCAAGGGCUAAAGGCUAAAAUUUUGAAGGUGAAGAAGGAAAUAGAAUUGGAAUUGAUGGAUGUGCUUAAGUCUUUGAAUUUGGAUGUAGAGGCAAUUAAAUCAAAAGUUGUCAAUGAGCAGACCUCAUUCUUGGACUUCAAGGAAAAUAUAGAGGAACUGAAUGAUGAAAUUAGAAGUAAAAUAGAAGCUGCUGCCAAUUCAUCAGAUAUGAAGAACAAAAUAGAACUGCUGAAGUUAGAGAUGGAAAUGGCAGGAAGGGAUCCUGGGCCAGAUUCAAAAGCUAAAAUUAAUGCUCUUAUUCAACAAAUAAAGCAAAGCCUCGCAGAGGCUGUAAGUUCCACAGAGUUGGUAGAGAAGCAUGAAAAGCUAAAGAAGGAGAUCGCAAAGGCCAUGGAAUCUUCUGGAGGACCAAAUGGAAGCAUGAACCUGGAGGAUUUGAAAGGAGGCAGUUCAGAAGAUGCAUCAAGAUUAAAGAAUAAUGAAAAUGCAACACACAGCAUUACUUGAUUUUUUUCUUUUCCAGAUAUUAUUCAACAAGAGAAACAAGUGGUUGGACAAUCGGUUACACACUACCUCUUAGUUGCCAUCAUGGUUCUUUUACUGCAAUGCCAGCUUCCUUGCCAUUCAUUGCCAGAAUCCGAGGUUAUUAACAUAAACACAAGGCAAUAGGAUUUACUGCUGAAUUUUCACUUGUGCCUCAUAUUUUGUGCCUUUAUUUGUCUCGUUUUGGUAGCUAUGGUAUUAGAUCUAUCAUAGAUACACUAUGUAUAGAUAAUUAGAUUUUACUGCCUCUUAUAAGAAAACAAGGCACUAGCUUCCAAAUAUCAGCUAUAAGAAAAUGGGGCUGACCAACAUCCCAUCUUCUCAUGGAUUAAUCUACGCCUGGAUUCAGUUAGGGGAUUGGGAGGAAAGCCCUUUUAGUAUGUUUGUUUUCUACCAAAUAAAUCGGUAUUUGGUAUUGGGACUUCGAAGAUUUUGUGCAGAAAACUGCAUUUUGGAGUUGAAACUUGACUUGGUUGGAACUUGAAUUAUUGAACAUUUCACUAUCCCAAAUUUGAAGUUUGAGAUGACCUUUUUUUUUCCUGUCA